GCUGCCAGAUUUCUGAAAGCAAACAUUAUGACCAUCCCUACCCAAUCUGAAGUAGGGUAUAAGUUGACUGAAAAGACACUUACGGGUGUAUUUGAUAAGGUGAAUAAACCAUGGGUAUACAUUUCUGGUCCAACAAUCAACCCAACUGGCUUGAUUUACAGCAAUGAAGAGAUGGAAAAAAUACUGUCUAUUUGUGCCAAAUUUGGGGCAAGAGUUAUAAUCGAUACUUCAUUUUCAGGAUUGGAAUUUGACUCUAAGGGCGGGAAUCGUUGGGAUUUGGAGAACAGUUUAGAAAAACUAAAUUGUUCUGGCAAAUCAUCUUUUUGUGUGUCUCUGCUCGGAGGAUUGUCUUUGAAAAUGCUUACUGGAGGGCUCACAUUUGGGUUUGUAGUUCUGAAUCAGCCUUUCUUGGUUGACACGUUCCAUAGCAUUUCAGGACUAAACAAACCUCACAGCACUCUUAAGUACACCGUAAAGAAGUUGCUGGAUCUUAGAGAGCAGAAAGCAGGAGACCUACUGGAUGCCAUUGCAGAACAGGAAAAUCUUUUGGGAAGUAGAUCUAAACGCUUGAAAGAAACUCUUGAGAAUUGCGGUUGGGAGGUGAUUGAAUCCCAUGCUGGGGUUUCGAUGGUGGCAACGCCGUCUGCAUAUCUUGGCAAGAGCAUUACACUAAAAGAAGAUCCCAAUGCUUUUAAAGCCAAGCUCGAUGACUCAAAUAUCAGGGAAGCCAUGCUCAAGGCCACUGGGCUAUGCAUCAACAGUGCCUCGUGGACUGGAAUUCCUGGCUACUGUCGCUUUACCAUUGCUUUGGAAGACAGUGAAUUUGAGCAUGCAUUGGAAUGCAUUGUCAAAUUUAAGAAGGUUGUCAACAAUUGACAACCUUCUAUUGUCGUCAACUCCAAUAUGUUUCUUUGUUUUCACGACUUAGGUGUCAUUAAAUAAUUUAAUCCCUCGGUGCUGAUUGAGAUUUUCCCUUAAUCCAUGCACCACAUUGAUACUAAUUUACCAGUGCAAUCUUUGUCUCCUGUUUGUGGCUUUAAAAGGGUCUUUUUAUGUGAUGCCCAAGAAAAUACACCUACUCAAUGCAUAAAAUAAUGAAAUAUGCACAACUAUGACUGGUUAUUUCAUGUAUCUUUUGUUUUCAGAGCAAGUGUAUUGCAUCCUAAUUGAACAAAGAAACUCUCUUCUUGUCAGCUUGAUUAUUCAAGUUUUAUAAUGCUUCUGUUGUAUUAUUAGUUAUUAAAGGGAUGGUUUUGAUUGGCAUA